UCAAACAAUUAUUCCAGGGAGUCAAGAACUGCCACUGAGCCGAAUGGAAAUGCUAGCAGAUAGUUUUCUCCAGGUAUAUUAGAUCUCAUAGGUGAGAUAAAGAGAGAUAGAGAGCAAGAGAACAAGGUCAGCAGUCCACUCCCAGCAUGCCUCUGGGGAGGAGGCGAGCAGAAUACACUGGUGCAACACCGGGAUGAGAAGCAGUUCCUCCCUAUAGAGAGAAAGAGACAGAAUGAGAUAAAGACAGUGUGUUUGAAUGGGAGAGACACUGCUGAUGUCACUGCUGUAAUCGCUGUGUGUGGUGUGUGUGCAUGAGUGUGUGUUUGUGUGUGAAUGCGCUGAAGUUGGACAUCAGCUGAAGCACAUGCUGCAUGAGGUGAAACCGUCCUGACUCAGUCUGGAGUGAAAAACACCAGGAAUAUGCAGAAUUUGGAUCUUUACAGCCGACUGGACUCUCAGAGGAACGAUGAGGAGGCUGUGGUGGACAGAGGAGGGACUCGCUCCAUGCUUAAAGCUGGACUGGAGAAGGAGGAGCUAGAAGGUCACAGGACUCUGUAUAUCGGGGUUCAUGUUCCUCUGGGCAGAAGAACCCGUCGCCGUCAUCGGCAUCAUGGACACCGACACAGAAAGAGGAGCAGGGAGAGAGACUCGGGCGUCGAAGACGGACACGAAUCGCCUUCAUACAAUACUCCCUCCCAGAGGGUUCAGUUUCUGCUGGGCACUGAGGAUGAGGAUGAAGAGCACAUACCGCAUGACCUCUUCACCGAGCUGGAUGAGAUCUGCCUGCGUGACGGAGAGGAUGCUGAGUGGAGAGAGACCGCCAGGUGGCUGAAGUUUGAAGAGGACGUGGAAGACGGAGGGGAGCGCUGGAGUAAACCGUACGUUGCAACGCUCUCUCUACACAGUCUCUUUGAGCUGCGGAGCUGCAUCAUCAACGGCACCGUCAUGCUGGACAUGAGAGCCAGCUCUCUGGAGGAGAUCGCAGAAAUGGUGCUGGACCAGCAGGAAGUGGCUGGGCAUCUUGAAGAGGAUGUCAGGAAGAAGGUCAAAGAAGCUCUUCUGAAGCAGCACCAUCAUCAGAACCAGAAGAAACUGGCCAAUCGGAUUCCCAUCGUCCGCUCUUUCGCCGACAUCGGCAAGAGACAGUCUGAGACAAACUGCAUGGACAAGAACGGUCAGAUGAUUCCACCGCAGUCUCAAAUGCUGACCACAGAGGGCAAGAAUGACGUGAGCCGUGAAAACAGUGCUGUGGACUUCAGCAAGAUAGACCUGCACUUCAUGAAGAAGAUUCCUCCGGGUGCAGAGGCCUCUAAUGUUUUGGUUGGAGAGCUGGAGUUUCUGGACAGGCCUGUCGUGGCAUUUGUCCGCCUCUCUCCUGCUGUACUGCUGAACGGCCUGGCAGAGGUGCCCAUCACCACCAGGUUCCUGUUCAUCCUGCUGGGGCCUCUGGGUAAAGGACCACAAUAUCACGAGAUUGGCAGAUCAAUUGCUACUUUAAUGACAGAUGAGGUUUUCCAUGAUGUGGCCUAUAAAGCUAAAGACCGCAAUGAUCUGAUUGCUGGAAUUGAUGAAUUUCUUGACCAAGUUACAGUCCUGCCACCAGGAGAAUGGGACCCGUCCAUCAGGAUAGAGCCGCCAAAAAACGUUCCGUCCCAGGAGAAGAGAAAGAUCCCUGCAGUGCCUAAUGGAGAGCUGGCAGAGCCGGAGGAACAUGGUGGACACGGAGGCCCUGAGCUGCAGCGCACCGGGAGGAUUUUUGGUGGAUUGGUUCUGGAUGUGAAGAGGAAGGCUCCUCACUUCCUGUCAGAUUUCACAGAUGCGCUCAGCCUGCAGUGUUUGGCCUCUUUCCUGUUCCUGUACUGCGCCUGCAUGUCCCCUGUUAUCACCUUCGGAGGACUGCUGGGAGAAGCCACAGAGGGACGCAUAAGUGCAAUAGAAUCUCUGUUUGGAGCCUCCAUGACUGGAAUUGCUUACUCGCUUUUUGCCGGCCAGCCUCUCACUAUUCUGGGCAGCACUGGACCUGUCCUUGUGUUUGAGAAAAUAUUGUUCAAAUUCUGCAAGGAGUAUGGGCUGUCGUACCUGUCCCUCAGGGCGUGUAUCGGGCUGUGGACGGCCUUCCUCUGUCUGCUGCUGGUGGCCACUGACGCCAGCUCCCUCGUCUGUUACAUCACACGCUUCACGGAGGAAGCCUUCGCCUCUCUCAUCUGCAUCAUCUUCAUCUACGAGGCCUUGGAGAAGCUCAUUCAUCUCGGAGAGACGUAUCCCAUUAACAUGAACAACAAUCUGGAGAAACUCACCACUUACAGAUGUUCCUGUAUUGAGCCUGCAAACCCCAGCAAUGCCACUCUUCAAUACUGGGAGCAGAACAACAUCUCAGCUCCGGAGAUCUUCUGGGAGGCUUUGGAAGUUCAGGACUGCAUUGAGAAGAAAGGAGAAUUCGUGGGGUCGGCUUGUGGGCCUCAUGGUCCGUACGUUCCUGACGUUCUCUUCUGGUCUACAGUCCUUUUCUUCUCUACUGUGGCCAUGUCAGCGUUCCUUAAAGAGUUCAAGACCAGCCGCUACUUCCCCACCAAGGUCAGAGCCAUCAUCAGUGACUUUGCAGUCUUCAUCACUAUUGCUACCAUGGUUCUGGUGGAUUACGCUUUAGGAGUGCCUUCCCCCAAACUGAAGGUCCCUAAUGUGUUUAAGCCAACUCGUGACGAUCGUGGGUGGUUCAUUAACCCGCUGGGUCCGAACCCGUGGUGGACGUGUGUGAUAACAGUCGUUCCCGCCCUCCUCUGCACCAUCCUCAUCUUUAUGGACCAGCAGAUCACAGCUGUGAUCAUCAACAGGAAGGAGCACAAGCUGAAGAAAGGCUGUGGCUAUCAUCUGGACCUUUUCGUGGUGGGCGUGAUGCUGGGUGUCUGUUCUCUGAUGGGGCUGCCGUGGUUCGUGGCAGCGACGGUUCUGUCCAUCAGUCACGUCAACAGUCUGAAGCUGGAGUCCGAGUGUUCGGCGCCCGGAGAACAGCCCAAGUUCCUUGGGAUCAGAGAGCAGCGGGUCACCGGCCUCAUGAUCUUCCUCCUCAUGGGCUGCUCUGUAUUCAUGACCUCAGUGCUGAAGUUUAUUCCAAUGCCGGUGCUGUAUGGAGUUUUCCUUUACAUGGGUGCAUCUUCACUGAGAGGAAUACAGUUUUUCGAUCGUUUGAGAUUGUUCGGGAUGCCAGCUAAACACCAGCCAGACUUCAUUUACCUGAGGCACGUUCCACUCCGAAAGGUUCAUCUCUUCACCAUCAUCCAGCUCAGCUGCCUGGUUCUCCUCUGGGUCAUCAAGACCUCCAGAGCCGCCAUCGUCUUUCCCAUGAUGGUGUUGGCACUGGUUUUCAUUAGAAAGCUGCUGGAUUUUAUCUUCACAAAGCGGGAGCUCAGCUGGCUCGAUGACCUCAUGCCCGAGAGCAAGAAGAAGAAGCUGGAGGACGCUGAGCGAGAGGAGGAGCAAAGUAUUUUGGCAGAGGAAGAAGGAAUCGUUCAAGUGCCAUUGGAGGGACAUUACAAAGAUGAUCCUUCUACUAUAAACAUCACAGAUGAAAUGUCUAAAGGCUCCUUUGGAAGCACUUGGAACUCCAAAAUUGAUCUAAACACAAAAAGUCCCCUUUCCUAAGCUCGCAGAUGCUGAUCCCCAAAGCCUGUCUAAUAAGAACGUGCACAUGGAGCAUUGAUGGAAAGAAGAUUCACUGUGUUCACACACACACACACACACACACACACACACACACACACACACACACACACACACACACACACACACCUAGCUAUCCAAAUAGAUGUAUUGUUUAAAUUAACAGUAAUUAAUUUAUCUGUAAGUUUUUACAGAUUUAAUUAACUUAUGAAGACUUUUUGUUGUUGUUGUUGCAGUUUUUAACUUAAAGUAUUGCUAGUUUACAAGUAAACGCACAGUCUAAUAACUUGACACCUCAGCUCCCUGUCUUGCGUUUCUGUAUUUUAAAAUUACAUCACAAUGAUAAGCUUUUUAGCUUCUAGAUGUAAAUCCUGUACAUAUAGUAAUACCAGCAAAGUGGCGAUUGUUGUGUGAGAAAUUAGAAGAAAAUGUGACAGAAAUGGAAAUUAUUUUACAUUUUUUAUUUUAAAUGCUCUUUUAAGUAUUUUAUAUGUUUUGUAUUUUUUUUUUAAAUAGCAUUACUGCACAAUUUUCACAUCCCUAAAGGUACAGUUUUAAAUAUAUAGAGAAUAUCUACUGUAGGUAAGCAAUUAAUAGGUAUUUUAUCAUUAAAUCACAUGCACCAGUUUUUGUAUUCAUGUUUUGGGGUGGCAAAGAAACUUACUGUUCAUAUAAAGUUACAGCUUUUUGAUGAUACUUGGUAUAUUCACUACUAGAUUUACCAUUUCCAUAUUUUGUCCUUAAGCAAGACACUUUACUCCAGGUUGCUUGAGGGUCAGUAUUAAUAUAGACAGUGAGUUUACUUUUGAGAUGCUUAAAAAGCAUGAAACCUAGGCUCCUGUAGAUUUUUGAUACACAUGCAAUAUCAGAAAAUUGUUAUAUUUUGCUUAAGACCUUUGCAUUAAUGCAGUGUUAAUCAUAGAAAAUUAAUUUUAGCUAUUAAUAUACAUUUUUUUUUUUUUGCACAGAAAUGUAGAAUGCUGCCUCUGUAAAUAUUAUUUCCAUCAGAGUUUAUACCUCUCUUGUAAGUGAAUGAAAGCAUUCACUGGAUACUGUAGAUACAGACUACAUUACCUUUUCACAAAAUAGAACAAUAGUGUUUUAGAAGUGCAGGUCCAUCUAAUAAUGAAGGUUUUGCAUGUUGAGGUCAUCAUGCAAUGAAUAAUUUCCAUUUAAAACCUUUAACGUCUGCCAUUUAUAAUAUCAUUUAGAACAAAAUAGAUGAGAAAUCAUUUUAAAAUCAUACAUAUUGUUGUAAUAUUACCAUAAACUGAUUCAAAUGUUUGGCUUUUAUUAAUAUGUAUAUUUGUUUUGUAUGACUUUAAUCUUCACACAAAGAUGAUUUUGAAAGACAAGAGUGAUUGUUAUCAAGAAAAUAUUUUAACAGUUUAUUAAAAUGUUGAUUUACGCUUAAGUCCUAUUGUAUUAUUAUAAUAUGUAGUUCUUUUAACUGCUUUGAUGUUUCUGUAAAUUAACUUGAAUGAACUUUCACUAUAUCCUCUGUAUGGUGUGACUUUGGAAUCUUUUAUUUAUAUGCUUUUUUGGGGGGUUAUGAAAUAAGCAUUACCUUCAUUUGAACUUGUAUUUCAUGAACUGUGAGGGAACUAAUUAAGACUUUUCUGGAGAUUUUGUUCCUGCUAUUUCUUCUACAGUGAAAUAAAAAAUAUCUUCAUACCAUACAGCAACUAUGUCCUUCAGUGCAUGCCUUGUGGGAAGCAUAUAGUGACCCAAGCUUUUUCACAAAUGCCCUGAAGCCUUCAUCCUCCACCACUGAAAAUGGCUGUGAAUCCAUGGUUAUCAUGUCCACUAGAGCAUUGUCCUUUUGCUUUGCUUUGUUCCACUCGUGUAUUGUAUUUCAAAUAAAUUAUUCACUUUCCACCAACUAUAU